ACCGCCCCGGGCCCCGCUCAUCGUCGCCGCCCCGAUCCCGCUCCGGGCUGGGCCCGAGCCCAUCGCCACCGCCCCGAGCCCGCCCAGGUUCCCGCCCAUCGUUGCUGCCCCGAUCCCGCUCCGGGCUGGGCCCGAGCCUAUCGCCGCCGCCCCGAGCCCGCCCCGGGCCCCGCCUCGUGAAUCGUCAGUGCGGGGCGCCGCGCGCAGUUCCCGGUCAAGUCUCCCGGGGGCUGCCGCCGCAGCCCCGUUAUCGUCUCGGUGCCAGGAUGUCAGCCAGUGUCCCUGGAAGCUCAAAUAUGGCUGCUGGCAGCAAUCGCCGGCUUCAGCAAACUCAGCACCAAGUAGAUGAGGUUGUUGACAUCAUGAGAGUGAAUGUGGACAAGGUAUUGGAGCGAGAUCAGAAGCUGUCAGAGCUGGAUGAUCGCGCCGAUGCCCUGCAAGCAGGGGCUUCCCAGUUUGAAACCAGCGCAGCCAAGCUGAAGAGGAAGUACUGGUGGAAGAACUGCAAGAUGUGGGCAAUAUUGAUAGCUGUUGUUGUCAUUAUCAUCAUCAUCAUUAUUGUCUGGAGUGCGGCUCCAUGAGUUACAAGAAGAAACUCAGUUCAACUGAAGGUGCCUUUGAGAAUCUUCUUCAGCCUCUCCACUUCAAACCUGAUGCCUUCUCAGCCCAUUUACUGCUAUUUAAAGCAAAACUAUUUUGAUUACCGA